CGCAGAUCAAGCCUGACGUCACCAAGCCCUGCGUUUCCAUUGCCUUAAGAGGUGUGCACCCCUCCUACGCAUACUCCCUCACUCUCCAACCUACGGUCUUAACCUGCUAGUUAACCUGUAUUAGGAGGAGAUGGGCUUCCCAUUGUCUACUCCUACAGGUAACACACCAACUAGCAGCAGUACCAAGGAAGCAGACUGGACAAAAUAAAGCAGUAGACAUGAGCUUCACCAUCGAGGAGCGGGGCAAGCCCAACACACUGGACUACAGGGUGUUCUUCAGUGAGUGACCAGCUCUUUCAAUACAUCAACGUAUAGUUUGGUAUAUAUAUAUAUAUACGAAGCUAAAGAAUUAGACUGUAGCUGUGUCUAGCUUGGCGUGUGAUGAACUAAACUUUAGUGGUUGUAGCUAUACAGCUUGACAUGUACAGACUACAGUGUGGCUCUCAUGCUACAAUAUAGGUAUCUACAGUGUGUCAGUAUGUGAGUUGAUGAGUUCCAUGUUGGCGUAAGUCCCCCCACAUUACUGUUAAUUAAUAAUCAGGUGGUUUGAAGUUACCGGAAUGUAUUAGUACAGUAGUAUGUUUCUGAUAUAUACUGUGCAUUCAUCACUGUGUCUCUCUACACAGGAAAUACUGAUGGAAAAUACGUCUCUCCAUUCCAUGACAUACCAAUUUAUGCAGAUGAAGCUCAGGUAUUCUUGUUGGUGUGUGUGUGUGUUUGUGUGUGUGUGUGUGUGAUUAACCACACAUCAUUAUUUAAUUGUGUUUUUCAAUAGAAAUGUGGUGCUAUCUGAAACAAUUGUGUUAACUUUGACUAUUUCCUCUCAACAGAACAUAUUUCAUGCUGUUGUUGAGUUAACUCAGACUAUUUCCUCCAGCAGAACAUCUUCCAUGCUGUUGUUGAGUUAACUCAGACUAUUUCCUCCAGCAGAACAUCUUCCAUGCUGUUGUUGAGUUAACUCAGACUAUUUCCUCCAGCAGAACAUCUUCCAUGCUGUUGUUGAGUUAACUCAGACUAUUUCCUCCAGCAGAACAUCUUCCAUGCUGUUGUUGAGUUAACUCAGACUAUUUCCUCCAACAGAACAUCUUCCAUGCUGUUGUUGAGUUAACUCAGACUAUUUCCUCCAACAGAACAUCUUCCAUGCUGUUGUUGAGUUAACUCAGACUAUUUCCUCCAACAGAACAUCUUCCAUGCUGUUGUUGAGUUAACUCAGACUAUUUCCUCCAGCAGAACAUCUUCCAUGCUGUUGUUGAGUUAACUCAGACUAUUUCCUCCAACAGAACAUCUUCCAUGCUGUUGUUGAGUUAACUCAGACUAUUUCCUCCAACAGAACAUCUUCCAUGCUGUUGUUGAGUUAACUCAGACUAUUUCCUCCAACAGAACAUCUUCCAUGCUGUUGUUGAGUUAACUCAGACUAUUUCCUCCAACAGAACAUCUUCCAUGCUGUUGUUGAGUUAACUCAGACUAUUUCCUCCAGCAGAACAUCUUCCAUGCUGUUGUUGAGUUAACUCAGACUAUUUCCUCCAACAGAACAUCUUCCAUGCUGUUGUUGAGGUGCCCAGAUGGACCAAUGCAAAGAUGGAGGUUUGUUUCAAUACUUGCCUUGAGGUCGUAUGAGCCUUUGUUAGCUCAAUGUAUGUUAAAAAGUCAUCAGUCACUUUAAUAUUUCCAUUCAUUGUUUCAUGUUAAUGAUGUAUUAUUGCCCUCAGAUUGCCACCAAAGACCCUCUAAAUCCAUUGAAGCAAGAUAUCAAAAAGGGGAACCUUCGUUAUGUGGCCAACGUGUUUCCACACAAAGGAUACAUCUGGAAUUAUGGAGCCAUCCCUCAGGCGCGUUAACCAGUGGUGUACAGCAGUAGUGCCCCUGUAGCUCAGUCGGUAGAGCGUGGCGCUUGCAACGCCAGGGUUUUGGGUUCGUUUCCCAUGUGGGGGGGGGGGCUAGUAUGAAAAAUGUAUGCACUCACUAACUGUAAGUCGCUCUGGAUAAGAGCGUCUGCUAAAUGACUAAAAUGUAAAAUGUACGGCCUACAGCCUCCCUAGAAUAGAAACAGCUUGGGGAAAUGUAUUGAAAGUUGAUCAAAUUACAGUAUAAAAGAAAACACUAAUUUGCCCGUCCUUAUCAGUACCUUUGUAGCGUGAGAUUUGCCUAUGAAUGAUUUCUGAAGCAUCUAUAGGGUUUAUGAAUGCUUUUAUAACGCCUUUAUAAGUUGCAGUUAAUUCAAUCACUGUUCUCUCAAUCCUCUCAUCUUUAUUUACUGUCAGACAUGGGAGGACCCAGGCCACAAAGACAGAGAUACAGGAUGCUGUGGUGACAAUGACCCUAUUGACAUCUGUGACAUAGGAUACAAGGUACUGGGCUACAGCUUUAUUGAAUGGAGUCUGUUUUUAUUCAGUGUGUGUUUUUUUUUACUUGUCAAAGUAACACGCUUGUGUGAAUGUACUGUCUUAAUUCAUAGUCUUCUCAUUUAAUGUUGUCAAUCUCUCUCUCUUUCUCCUCUCGCUCUCUCUCACUCUCUCUCUCUCUCUCUCUCUCUCUCUCUCUCUCUCUCUCUCUCUCUCUCUCUCUCUCUCUCUCUCUCUCUCUCUCUCUUCUUCAUUUCCCUCUCUUUGUGAUUUUGAGGUGUGCUCUCGUGGAGAGGUGAUCAAAGUCAAGGUGUUGGGCACUCUGGCUCUGAUCGACGAAGGAGAAACAGACUGGAAAGUCAUGGUCAUCAACAUGGAGGAUCCAGAGGCCACCAACUUUAACAGUAUGAGGAGGACAUCUAAUACGUAUUCAGAAUAUAUGGGAUUUAUAUAUUGAUUUAUUUUUUAGGCCCUUCAGUAGACUAGCAUCCUGUCCAGGGAGUGUAUUUAUACGGCAAGCUGCCUCACGCUACAGAAACAGGAGCAGGUGUCAGUAUGUAGUGAGUUGAUGGGUCAUUCUGGCUUGGACAAGGCUACUUACUUUCUUCCAGAGACCUUAAGACGCUGACGGAACGUCUGUCUGAUAUUUGAUCAGCAGUUACACAGUAGUGGGUAUUUAAAUGUGUUUGUGGCUAACAAUGAAAUGCAAAUCUUUCGUGUGAUCAAUGCAGAUAUUGAUGACGUAAGAAGACUCAAGCCUGGGUAUCUGGAAGCUACAUUUGAGUGGUUCAAAAAAUAUAAAGUUCCUGAUGGAAAACCCGAGAACCAGUUUGCAUUUAACGGAGAGUUCAAGGACCGGGUAAAAAUACAGUUUUCACCUGUUUUUACUGACAGUAGGCCUACAAGAGCAAUGCCCAAUGACAAUAACAAGACAUUUAUAUUGAUGUCAGUUACUAUUGGAUUCUUCCUCUAAAUCAGGGAUGUCAAACAUAUGGCCCGCAGGCCGAAGGGGGUCAAAUCCGGCCCGCGAGGGGGUCCAAUCCGGCCCGUGAGGGGGUCCAAUCCGGCCCCCGCGAGGGGGUCCAAUCCGGCCCCCGAGGUGGUCCAAUCCAGCCCACGGGUGGUUUGAGUAAAAGAAACGUGUGUAGGAAAACGAACUCAAUAUACUUUAAAAUGACUAAAACCAAAUAGAAACUGUGUAGAAAUUAUAAUGGACCUACAUUCAUACAGUUUCUUGACUGUGUCCAGCUCGCUAAUAAUCACCUAAAUGAAAGCUAGACAGUCAGGGAGCCUAGAACAUUCCCUAAACCAUGGUUAGAGGACUAUUUGUAGCAAAUUUUGACGCCGUGGAAAUAUAACCAAUUUUCAGUGCGGCCCCCCCGGACCUCGUUGAAGACCGAAUGCGGCCCCCUGGGAAAGAAAUGCGUUUGACACCCCUGCUCUAAAUCAUUCAUAGGACAGGGUAUUUGUAAACUCAAUCACACAUAACAGAAUAAAACAGUGUAUUACAGUGUAAGUACACAUUGUUACUCUUUUUUUAUUGAAAUAUGGAACAUACCAAGGGUGGAACUCUAUUCCCUAUAUAGUGACCUACUUUUGAUGGGCCCUGGUCAAAAGAAGUGCACUAUAAAGGGACUAAGGGGCCAUUUGGGACGCACCCUACUUUCUACUCAGUACAGAGAGUAGUAUAGUGGAGGUGUAUGCAGCUUUUAAAUAAUAAUUUGACAUUAUAUUUUGCAGGACUUUGCUCUUAAGACAGUCAAGGAAACUCAUGAGUUUUGGAAGGCGCUGAUCUCCAAAAAGACCAAUGCUGGAGAUCUGAACUGGUGAGACUGAGAUAUAGAUUUACAAUCUCCGUGUAAUAUGACCAUCUGUUCAAUAGGCUGUCAGUGAUGCUGAUAACGAUAAAGCAAAAGGAGCCAUUUUAGUUCAGUCAAUGACUUUUUUUUUUUUUUUUACAGAGCCAUCCUUUUUAUUCUCAGCUGAAACAGUUCUGUUUGUGUUUUUCUCCCAUUUCCUGUUUCUCGGAACACUGAUCCAGUACCAACACCAGUGUCGCAGAUAGUCCGUUCUGCUGUUCCACUACUGAUGCUAAGGCUGUUGUUGAUGCCGUGAGUUCCUUUCACUUAUCAUACUAUUUUGUUUAUCAUACUAAAACAGCCUAGCUGCAAUAUUCAUGUGUGCUUGAUAGAUAAUAUAGAUAAUAAUGAUCUUUUUACAUUUACAUUUUACAUUGUAUUGUAGGCAGGUGCUUUUGGCCCUGAAGACCCUAUUCCCAGUGCAGGUGUGUAUUUAUUUUGUUCAUUAAUUCCAUUGGUAUGUGCUUUGACGUGAAAUGAAUCUUAUUUUAAUUCAAUACACCUGCGAUUUAUUUACCAUCUAUAUUCAACUUUGUUGGAUUUCACACUUACAAUGGAACAUUUUCUACUUAUUUUCUCAGUUGACAAAUGGUUCUACGUCUAAGUUAACUGACCCAGAAAGAAGAGCCUUCAGAUUGGACCAAAAUGCUUUCUCACCUGAACAGAAGAAUAUACUUGAAAAUUACAGAAAACAUUUUUAGUAUAAUUACAGUUUCCCAUUUUUAGUAUAAAUUGUGAUUGAUGCUUAUCAUCUUAACAUGACAAGUACUCAACCCAAGUAAGCCUGCUCAUUAUGUUUAUUAUGUUUCCCAGGUACAAAUAGACAUUUGUAACAAUAUGACCUUUAUAGUCUGUCUAAACCUAUACACUUUACUGUGUCUUGCAUCAUGUUGUUUGAUACUGAAACCUGAAAAUGGUCAUAAAUCUGAAAAUAAAUACCAUCACCACACCCCCCUCCUCCUGUUCUGAGCAUGGUCUUUACUGGUAUCUAGUGGUCAUGUAUCAUAAUGCAAGCCUUAUAACAGACAUGAGAAAAGCUGUUUAAACAGGUGUGUUGAAUGUAAAGAAUAGAAAUGGUUUCUCUAAAGUUGACUCUUACAGGCAAUCACAGCAUGAAAAGAACUGCUAAAGAAUCACUCAUCCAAGACUCCUCCACUGCCAAGAGGAAAAGAUGGGCGCUACUAGAUGAAACGUCUAUAUAUAAUGCUUAUAAUAUAUGCAGAGGAUUUGAGGUAUUUUAUGGGAAAGGUAGGUGAAAGGUGAGCGUCAUAAUCCUGUUACAAUAAGCUCCUACACAGCAGGCGGCGCUAGUGCGCCAUUAGGAUGGUUAGGUAGUUCCCCAAGUCACGUCGAAGAACAAUACAAUCAGCUGUUCGUUUAUCGAAUCCGCUAAAAAAAAAUCUACACAAAGCUGUCAUUGUCGACAGGGAGAGGUAAGAUUUGGCAGCUUUAUUCAAAAUAUUCAGUCUUUUAUAUAGUUACAUAACGUUACUUGUGUUCCGUCAUACCUUUACUUCGAAAUGGAGAGCUGUCUUUCUGUGAGUCCUUAGUCCACAUGAGCCCAGGGUUUUAGCUAAGCUGAUAGCCACGUAGCCGAGCUAGCUAGCUAGCUAAGUUAGCUAUCAGCUGGUGCUAACUAGCAUGCUAGGAUAAGGAAAUACUUGUAUUUUUGUUGACAAACCUAAAGCUGGCUAGCAGCAGUAGCAAGUGCAUUUGCUUAUGUAAAGAAAGCCUGUAGCUAUCCAUAUAGUCAUGAUGCACUGUCAAAAUGCUGCUGAUCCAGUGAGAUAAGUUGAUCCCGCCUGGACAAGUUGUCAGUGUGUUUGCUUGCUAGCUAGCUAGCUAGCUAACUUCCCGAUUGUCUUCUUCCUUAGGCAAAGACCACUGAAAUGUCAUUCCUCUUUGAUUGGAUCUACAGAGGCUUUAGUGGUGUGCUACAGUUUUUAGGUAAUCUCAGACUUGACUUCAACUGUAUUGUCAGUAUAACUGCAUGUCACAAUGAGUGGUGUGUGUUUCCAACUCAAACGUUACAUUAUCAAUGUACUUUCCCAGGGUUGUACAAAAAGUCUGGGAAGCUGGUUUUCCUGGGGUUGGAUAAUGCUGGUAAAACGACCCUUCUGCAUAUGCUGAAAGAUGACAGACUUGGACAGCAUGUGCCCACGUUGCAUCCAAGUAAGCAGCAUCAUUUCUAAGUAUAUUAUUGGGUUGUUUUAAGUUCAGUAAAUGGAGUGAACACAAUGUCAGUGAUUUUAAAUGUGUUUUGUUUCUCCUUGAAGCAUCGGAAGAGUUGACAAUAGCUGGAAUGACAUUCACCACGUUUGAUCUGGGCGGUCACGUACAAGGUAAGACUUAGGCCUAACUAAGUUGGCCACUGCGUCUUUCUAGGGUUUGGUCAGCAUCUUGAGACAUUACAUUGUCUUUCUAGGGUUUGGUCAGCAUCUUGACACAUUACAUAAUGUGCUACAUCUUCUGUCUCUUUCACAGCUAGAAGAGUUUGGAAGAACUAUCUGCCGGCUAUCAAUGGAGUUGUCUUUCUGGUUGACUGUGCUGAUCAUGACCGCCUUACAGAAUCCAAGAUCGAACUUGAUGUAAGUCACUUCCAUUGCACACAAUGGGCCUCAUUUAUCAACAUAUUCAUUAUGAAAAAUGCAUACACAAAACCCACACAGUGAGGCAGCAAUCAAUGCAGGUUAGUCCAGGACACACAACAAUCAUUCUCACUGUCCCAUCUCUGUCUCAUUACUCAACCUCUUUCCCCUGUGUGUGUGUGUUCAGGCUCUGUUAGCAGAUGAGACCAUCCUCUCUGUGCCCGUGCUGGUCCUGGGGAACAAAAUAGACCGUCCUGAAGCCAUCAGUGAGGGGGGACUGAGAGAGGCGUUCGCUCUCGACGGUCAAUGCACUGGAAAGGUAAGCAAUCAUAGAGAUAGACAUGGCCUAUGGGAUUUGUAUAUAUGGUUCAUCAUUAUAUUUUUUUCUUAAAGGCCAUUUCAGAUGAGUGUAUAACACAACUACCGUGUGUGUCUGAAUGAUAUGUGUGUGGUACAGUAUUCAUGUUCUUUAGUAUUCAUGUUACAAGCGCUCCGUUGGUCCUCUGUAGCUCAGCUGGUAGAGCACGGCGCUUGUAACGCCAAGGUAGUGGGUUCGAUCCCCGGGACCACCCAUAAUUUUUUUUUAAAAAUAAUGUAUGCACGGAUGACUGUAGGUCGCUUUGGAUAAAAGCGUCUGCUAACUGGCAUAUUAUAUUAUAGGUAUGUGGUAGAAAAUGAUAGUGGAACUCCAGUAUAUUUUCACCUCAUUAAACACCUGAUUUACUUAACAAAAGGCACAUCUCAAUAGGUGGUCCAGGUAUGUUAUGACAUGGCACAAGUGUGUGUACAUUACUGUAUUUAUACUUGGGAUAAUGUUUUUAAACAGGAAAAGUUAAAAAAUUUGCUGGAGUGGUCUUUAACCGCUGACCUUGUGUUCUUCUCCCAGAGUAAUGUGUCAUUGAAGGAUCUGCAGGUACGACCUCUGGAGAUCUUCAUGUGCAGUGUCCUGAAGAAGCAGGGCUAUGGAGAUGGCUUCAGGUGGCUGUCACAAUACAUCGACUGA